UUGAAUUAACUCGUACACACGUGUGUGCGCAUGAAUGAAAAACUACGUGAAUUCAAUGGUGACGGGUGAAUGUAUGCAUGGAAACGUCAACAGAACAGCUGCUUGUGAGAGGUUUUUUUGUAAGAUAUUAAUUAGGCCGGUUUUUAGCAGUCAAGAUGCAGGAACAGGAUAUUCCGAUUGAUAUAAAUUCGGGUAAACUGUUGGAAUGGUUAAUAAACAGACGUCACUGUAGCAGGGAUUGGCAGGCGAACAUUAUUGCCGUUAGAGAAAAAAUUAAUAACGCCAUUCAAGACAUGCCUGCACACGAAGGAAUCGCCCAGCUACUCUCUGGCACAUAUAUAAAUUAUUUUCAUUGCAAGAAGAUAAUAGAGAUUUUAAAAGAGACCGAGGUUGAUUCAAAAAAUUUAUUUGGUCGUUACGGAUCGAAGAGGAUGAAAGAUUGGCAGGAAAUUGUUCGCCUUUACGAAAAAGAUAACAUGUACCUUGCGGAAGCUGCUCAAAUGUUGAUGAGAAACAUCAAUUUCGAAGUACCAAGCUUCAAAAAACAGAUUCAGAAGUUGGAACAAACGCAGAAUGAUUUGGAGAAAAAGGAAGCAGAGUACAAAAAGUCAGAAAAUAUAGCUCGAACAGAGUUUAACACGCUUUGCAAGCAGCUGGGAAUACCUGGACAAAAAAUAAAGAAGGAACUAGUCGAGAGAGUAUCGGAAUUACCUGAGAUCUACAACAGAUUAGUGGAGAAAGCAAAAUCUAUCGACAAUGUUGUAGAAUUUUAUAGUUCGUUUGUAGAAUUCACUUUGGGAAGGCAACACGACGGCGGUUGCGUUCCAAUGGUUAAAUAUGUAAUUGAUAAGGGUAACACGACAACUUACGAAUGGACUUACGGAGAAGCUCCCUUAUCUGUUGUCGAAACUCCAUUGAACGUCAAUUUUGACGACGACGAAGAGGAAGAAGCUAAAGAACACGGCGAGAUCGACUUUGGAAAUGCGCCAAGGGAAGAAAUUGACUUCGGUCAACUGGACGGUGGAGGGGAAAUCGAUUUUGGCGCAGAGGGUGACAUAGACUGGGGUAACAUCGAGUCUGCCGACGGUACCGCGGAAGAAAUCGAUUUUAACAUAUCUCUAGAGGAGUCCGGCAUUGUCGUAGAAGCUGCUGGUCUUGAUGGCGGAAUUGCUACUGGUACCGAAGCUCUGACGGUCCUUGACAAUCCGUCGACUAGAAACGACUUUAUAGACCAGUUACUAGAGCUAGAAUCUUUUCUAAAACUUCGUCUGUACGAGUUUCAAGGGGACAAUAAAAACAAUUUGCUCAGCAUGAGUCAAAUGCAGCAAGCCUCUCCUAUACUUCAACUCGCCACACCCGAUAGCACCAGAAGCAUGCUUGACCAUGUACAGGUCCUCAUCACUGAGGUCCUGGACAGCAGAGCGCAGCAUUUGCACAAUAUAAAGCAUUCGCCGAGGUACGUAGAUCUUCUUGCCGCGUCGCUGAGGCAGAAAUUAAAGGUGGCUGAGAAAAUGGUUUCGUUACAAAAAUUUACUAGUCAAAGGCGAGAAGAUAUCAUAAAUCAAGCUCUAGCGCUUCAACCAAUGUUGAAAACUGUUAUUCAACGAACAAAGGAACUGCAGACAGAGAUAGAACAAGAUAUAUCGAAAAAGUACAAGAACAGGAUUGUACAUUUGACUGGUGGUGUAAAUACCCUUCAAUAAAAGUUAGCUUACUUGCCAUUCUAAGCUAAACGGACUUUGAGAAGA